GCAACCCUGCUGUGGGAGACGGGGUGCUCGCAAGAACGCUUCGUGCAGUUGGCGACGCUCGUGGCCGUCGCCUACCAGACGCACAGCAUGCUUCGGCAUCGCCGCGGGGACCCGCUUCAGGCCUGGCAGCGACACGUCCAGGUGUUGCGGGAGAUGCGCGUGCAGACGGUGGCGAGCGUACGAUGA